AUGACUGGCCCGCCUAUAAUUCAGAGCUUCUCCGCACCACAGGAAGGGGAACUGGAAGACGGCUCUGCCUCCGAGGGUGAUGGUUGGUCCCCCGGUGUGAAUCGGGCUCCCAGCCCGCUGGUCCCAGAUGACCAGCUGGAGGGCGGAGCCCUGCAGGCUCCUGGGGGCCCCGGGGAGUCGGCUUGGCCGACCUGCCCCGCCCCGAGCCGCGGGGGCGGCGGAGUGGGAAAGCAGCCGGCCUCUCCUUGUGCCUUCCUGGCGUUCGAGGGUGAUGGGGGGCCCCUGGAUCAGCGUCUGCUUCUGAUUGAGCCUGGUUCGGUGAAAAUGCUCUGUCCAUGUUGCGGUACUUCCACGACAUAUCCCCUGGAGGCAGCGGGAGCGGGUUCGGCUGCUCCAGAUUCAGGUCCACCUCCCGGGGGGGCAGUUUCUCCUGGUUCUGAGCCUGCACAGCCCGCCGGGCAUGCGCAGGCAGUGGAAGCCGCCAGAGGCGGGGCGUUGGUCGGUGUUCCAUCAGGCCACGCCAUGGUGGGCGGGCUGUCCGCCUCGCUCGUCUCCUCGGGAGCGGAGUCUGCUAUGGCCUCCCACGAUGCGGGGCAGGCAUUGAUAGUGGCUGUGCCAACCUCCCUUGUGUCGUACCUCGGAGGCGUGGGUCCGUGCGCCACGUCUCUCUCGGCGUCCUGUCCCUCUCCCGCGCCGGGGAAGGGUGGCUCCCCAUCGGGUUCGCGAUCUGUGCCGGCGCCUGCGUCCACCGCAGCGCCCUCUGCCGGUGCCGUGGCGGACGGCACUGCUGGGUGUCCAGCUGGUUCGGCCCUGCAGCCCCCGCCUUCUGCGGGGGCCGCGGUGCGGCAGGGCGCUGGGGUGUUCACCUUUAGCGCGACUGCUGACGUGGCUGGUCAGAGACCGGUGGUUUCCCGGGGCCGCAGAUCCUCCCUGCCAGCUUUGUGGACUCUUCCCCCGUGCCAGGUGACUGUGCAUCUGAAGGACCACGGGCAAUUCUGGCGGGAAGUCACAGCUACAGCCGAUGAGGUGCGUGAGCCUGCCUCCUCGCCGCGUCUGCAGGAUCGCGGAGGAGGUUCCUCUGGCUCUGCUGGUGCUGUGGGGGGUGCGGGGUCGAGUGCUGUCGCACUGCCUUACCGUCAGGCAGCUGUUCUUGUUCCAGUGGGGCCCACGGAACAGGACAUGGCAGGUGCUGCAGCCUUGCCAGGGGGCCCCCAGGCUUUCCCUGUGAUCAGGGGUGUUGCUCAUAACACCUAUGAACCUCUAUCAUUUAAGACAAGGGCAAAACUCUAUGAGACGGUUGCUCAACAUGGUGUGGGGUCUACUGAAGUUAUGCAAAUGCUUUGCAUGAUUUCUCCUGAGGUGCAUACACCUGCCGAUGUCCAUGAAGUGGCAUGUGCUCUUUUUGACCCUGUGCAAUUUGGCGUUUUUGAGACCAAGUGGGCUCGCUUGGCAGCCAGCGCAGAGCAGCACAAUGCUACGCUGGGGCCGCAGGACCCCAGGAGUGUGGCUGGCAUUGACAUGCUGAUGGGCACAGGCAAUUAUACUGAUCCUCAGGGGCAAGCUGGCUUCCCUCCCCUCAUGUUUGAGCAGUGCCAGGCGCUAGGCAUGGCAGCAGUGGUUCGGACCAUGGAAAUGGCUGCUCCAAGGCAGCCAUUUGCAACCAUUGUCCAGAGGGCUGAUGAGCCUUUCAUGACAUUUGUGGGGAGGCUGACUGCCUAUGUGGAGAGGCAAUUGACAGAUCUUUUGACAAGGAGAGUUGUGAUUGCGGACUUUGCGAGAAGUAAUUGUAAUGCAGAUCAUAAGAGAAUCAUAGAGGAUCUUCCUGGUGAGACUACUGUCUCGCAAAUGACAGAGGCCUGUUUGGCCGUAGCCCCCCUGUUCAGAAGAUGGCUGCCUUGGGCUACUGCUGCGCAGCCGGUCUGGGCGGUGCCGCAGGGCUGGAAGCGACAGCAGGGGAAUGCUCAGGCCGGCAAGAAAUGGGGGAAGAAAGCACAGAAGGCAAAAAUUCCCAUGUUUCUGUGUGGUCGGUGUGGAAGGCCAAACCAUAUGACGAAUGUCUGCAAGGCAACAGUUCAUGCUAAUGGCCAAGCACUGUCAGGCUCAGGAAACGGGAAGCGAAGCGUGAAGGGAAGAUGCUCUCAGACACAAGCUUCUCUCCAGACCCCAGAGCCAAUGGAGGUUUUCUCAGCCAGCUUGCAGCCAGCACUCGCAGCUCAGCAGGACAGCUGACCGGUUGCGUGGAGCUAGCGGCUUUGGAUCCACUGGGCCGCCUCAAGUUCACUGGACCGCUGUCCUGACCAAGGAAUAUCCCGAGAUGAUGUGUACCCUGUCCAUCCCUGGUGUGACGCUGUCGGAGAUCCGCCUUCGCGGGCUUCUUGACAGCGGUGCUGACAUCACAGUUCUCUCCCUUGCCGCCUGGCCUCUGGACUGGCCCCUGAAUCCGGUGGAGAUGCCUGUCACGGGACUGGGGGGAAUGGCAUGGUGUUACGUGAGCCAGCGGUCUGUGAUGGUCACGAACCCAGAAGGACAGAUGGCCUGAAUUAGGUCUCAUGUUACUUCUACUCCUGCUAACCUCUGGGGGAGGGAUGUUCUGUCAGCGUGGGGGGUGCACAUCGGGACGGGUUUUUGAUGGGGGCCACUGCAAUGAAGGGCGCGGAGUGUCCUACGCCUCCUAUACGGUGGCUGGUGGACAAACCUGUUUGGGAAAACUAGUGGCCCCUCCCUCAAGACAAAUUAGUCACCCUUGGAAAUCUGGUGCAGGAGCAGUUGGACCAGGGUCAUCUGGAGCCUUCUACCAGUCCCUGGAACACUCCUGUCUUCUGCAUCAAGAAAAAAUCUGGGAAGUGGAGGUUGUUGCAAGACCUCCAAAAGUCAAUGCUGUGAUGGAAGGCAUGGGAACAUUGCAGGCGGGCAUGCCAUCGCCUACCAUGUUUCCUGUGGACUGGCCGGUCCUCAUCGUGGAUCUGAAGGAUUGUUUCUUCACAAUUCCUUUGCAUCCCAAUGACAGACCAAAAUUUGCCUUCUCGGUGCCAGCAAUUAACAACGCUGAGCCCACACAGAGAUAUCAAUGGAGGACCCUUCCCAGGGCAUGCGCAAUUCUCUGGCCAUAUGCCAAUGGCAUGCGGCCCGUGCCUUGUCUGGAGUUCGCAAGCAGUUUCCUGGUGCACGUCUAUAUCAUUAUAUGGACGACAUUUUGGUGGCUGUGUCCACCCAGGACGAGAUGCUGAGGAUUCAGCCUCAGUUGCUCAAUGCUUUGAAUGCGCAUGGACUGCAGGUAGCUCCAGAAAAGGUUCAGCAACAACCGCCUUGGAAGUAUUUGGGGGUCAAAAUUCUGGAACAGACAAUCUGCCACCAGGAGGUGCAAUUUUUGCAUUCUGUGAAGACACUGAAUGAUGCUCAAAAAUUGGUAAGUGUCAUCACUUGGUUACGUCCGUACCUGGGACUAACCAACGCACAACUGUCUCCUCUGUAUGAUUUGCUGAAAGGAGACUCUGAUCUAAAGUCGCCUCGCACGUUGACCCCUGAGGCAUGUCAGGUGUUGGAGGUGGUUCAGCAGGCUGUUUUGGCUUGCCAAGUUUAUCGCAUUGACCCCUCCGUUAAUGUCACUGUGUUCAUCACUACUCCAGAUUCGCAUCCCACAGGCAUCAUUGGCCAAUGGAGUGACAAAUGGUCCGAUUCCUUGCACAUCUUGGAAUGGGUUUUCCUGCCCCAUCAGCCACAAAAGACGGCGACCCCAUUGUCUGAGCUUCUUGCUCGCUUGAUAAUCAAAUGCUGGCAACGGUGUUUACAAUUGAUGGGUGCGGAUCCCGCAAAGAUCAUACUCCCGGUACAGCGGGAGGAUUUUGACUGGAGCUUUGCAAACAGUGUGUCCCUGCAGAGUGCUCUGGAAAACUUUUCAGGGCAGAUCACUUACCAUCUGCCCAGCCAUAGGCUACUGCAUAUGGCAAAAUCCACACAAAUCUCUUUGCGGCCCAAAAAUAGUCAGGAACCCGUGCAAGGACCCACUGUCUUCACUGACGGUUCAGGGAGGACAGGAAAGGCCAUUGUUACAUGGAGGGACAGAUCUGAGUGGCAGGUUCUGGAAGGUCAUGAGAAUGGGUCAUCCCAAUUGGUUGAAUUGAAGGCUGCUGUCAUGGCAUUUGAGAAGUUUUCCCAGGAACCUUUCAAUUUGGUCACGGAUUCUGCCUAUGUGGCCGACAUUGCACAGGUCAUUCGGUUUUGAAGGUAAGUAACCCUGCCUUGUUUCAUUUACUGAAGACCUUGUGGUGUGCCAUUCAGGCUCAGGUUCAUCCUUUCUACGUUCUGCAUGUGAGGAGUCACACCAAUUUGCCAGGCUUUAUAGUGGAAGGUAACGCGAGGGCUGACAAGUUGGCUAACCCAGCGUGGGUAGCAUCUCAGCCUGAUACACUCGCGCAGGCCAAGGCAUCGCAUGGGUUUUUCCACCAGAACGCACAUACUUUGCAGAAGCGGUUUCAGCUGACGCCAGCUGAGGCUCGUGACAUUGUUGAGUCAUGUGACGAUUGCCAUGUGCUGCCUCUGCCUUUACCGGCAGGGGUAAACUCCAGAGGCUUUAGGGCCUUGGAGCUUUGGCAGACUGAUGUCACCCAGAUUGCCGAGUUUGGCCGGCUCAAGUAUGUGCAUGUCACAGUGGACACGUUCUCCUCUGCAAUGUGGGCUUCUGCUCACACUGGAGAAAAGGCCCGUGUUGUCCUUGCCCACUGGAGGCAUGCCUUUGCUGUUCUGGGCAUACCUUUAGCUGUGAAAACUGACAAUGGUCCUGUUUACGCAUUGCAAAAGGUGUAGCAGUUCCUGCAGUUGUGGGGCGUGUCACACAAGUUUGGUAUCCCUCAUUCUCCGACUGGUCAAGCUAUUGUAGAACACGCUCAUGGUACUCUGAAGCAGGUUCUUCAAAAACAAAAACAGGGAAUGCAGGGUGAAACCCUGCACAGUCGGUUGGCAAAAGCAUUGUACACCAUCAAUCAUCUUACGGUGCCACCGAACUCAAAUAAUCCUGUCAUUUUGAAUCACCAUCUCUCAUUGCAGGCUGCGGAUGAGGCAUAUCAGCCUCGAGCGAAGGUUCAGGUGUGGAAUUUAGUCACCAAACAGUGGGAAGGUCCCUAUGACCUUAUCGCUUUGGAGCACGGGUAUGCUUGUGUAUCCACAGAUACCGGGGUACGCUGGGUACCUUCGAAGUGUGUUCGCCCUGACCUGUGACCGCAGAGACAGAAUCCGGACGAGGGGCAAAAUGGAAACCGUGACCAACCUGAAAGGCAUCAAGUGGGUGAAUCCUUGAGUGAUGACUCGGAUGCAGAUGACGUGAGUGAUCACUCCGAUGAUUCCUCCACAAAUGGACACUGAAUCAUAUUCAUAGUUCGUUUUUCACAUUGUUCAUUUUUGUUUCCUUUUUUCUUUUUUUUUUUUAAACUGAGAAGGGUGAGAUGUUGCCCUGAUUUUUUAAGAUUUUCUAAGCCUUCUGAUGUUUGCAUUCUUGUAGCAAACUUUCUCACACACUUUCUGUAAACAACUUACUGUUUUGCAUUCUUUUAUGGAGGAGGAGAAACUUGAUGGACUGUUGGUUUGUCCAGUGUCAUUGGAGAGGUGGCACUUUCACCCUCCAAUCCACUGUCACCUUUGGAAAUCUAUAAACGUUGGAGUCAGAAAAUAAACUCCCC